AUGACCACUGUAUGUGACUGUAGUAACGAGCGAAAGGAUGGGUUCAUCGCCUUCGACGAUGAAGACUGCUUCCUUGGAUCGGAAGAUCCUGCCCCCCCAAAAAAUGUUACGUACACCCUGUACUCCCAUUUACCAGAAGUUAAACGAUUCCCAGGACACGUUUGUCGCAUGUGGGCGGUUACUCGAUCUAUCUUUACCGACUUCUUCGGUUGGCAUUACACUACUGAAAGUAAAAUCGAAUUCCCCUAUAACGGUUCCGUAACCAGAAACCUUCAAACGCUUAUUUGGGAAGACGCGUACAAAGAAAAAAAAUCCUGUGAUCUCAAACUUGCAGGCGAAUCGGUAAACGACGGCCUGUUGUACAAGACUCACGAUCCAAAAAUGCGGCGCUUACAGGACCGGAUCAGCCAAACAGACUACCUCGUUAAUGUUACGAAGGAAUUAGAAUGGUGUGGCAAAUCCGCCUUGUUCAGCAUUAAUGGAAUGGAAAAAAUCCUGAUUGUCAUUACCAUACCAACGCCGGAACUGUAUACCUCAUAUGCCUCGGGUUUUACGAACGCUGCAGAACCACUAGCCACUCCGUUGUUAGUCGAAGUGCACACAAACGGGUCUUACGACAGCAUCGAUUCCCAGAAUACCACAGAGCGUAAGAUUCCUGCGUCAUUAGCAGCAGAGAUCAAGCAGGCGGCUCAUCAUCAAUUUACCAGGGAUCUGGCACUAGACCAAGUAAAUCGACUGGCGAAUGAAAUUAGACGCCUCCAAUGCGAGAACCGAAAAGCAACACGCAAUAGUAUCCUCUUGAGUGCUAAGAACGACGGGUGGUACGCGGCUACCCAACUUCAACUGCCUAGUUGUUCAAGAUUAACGGUGUAUGGAGCGCAGGUUGAGGUAGCACGUUGCGCACCUUUUAAUGUAUCCUUCGGGGCCGAGCGGACGAAAUGUGGAAAUCAGCCCCGUUUUAUGAACUUCACAAUAGCCCAUAACGGAUGGCAACUUGUUCCAUACCACCCAUGUUAUUGGCCUGAAUCUUACUACGCCAACUUAAAUGGGAAAACUCAUAUCUACGCGGAUGGUGGGUGGGUUCCGGUAAUCACAACAGUUACAACAAACGGUAGACGCCUGGUCGGAUUGGCGACGUAUGAAGCUGAUAAUUCUCUAAAAAAAAUUUUGCAAACAAAUCCCGCGAUGCAAAACGGGCCGUUGAGUCACGCGUCGGUGAUGGCCGACAUCUUGGCUUCUAUUCAUGAGCAUUACGCAGAAGAUAACUCACGCCAAUUAUUGACAUCAAACGUACUCCUUCAGCACGGCGACGCACCGAACAUUGAUUUCGUCGCUAAGAUCGGUGGAUGGGUAAAGAAUUUCGGAGCAGUCUCGGGAUUUGGUGCGUUUUCAGUAUUGGCCGUGAGAUUUUGCGGAAUCGGUUCGCUACUACUCAAGGCUUUCCCCCUCCUUUCCAAAAUCCUCCAAAUGACUUGUUUCAAAAAGCCUCCAUUGACCAUCACCGUUGCAGAUCUACCCAUAUCCAUCGACGUACAACCAACCACAGUGACCAACCCAUCCCAAUCCACCGCAUCCGCAUCGGCUGCAGUUCCGCCACGCCGUACGUGA